AUGGACCAUCUUCCGGUGGAGCUUCUGAGACAAAUAAGUCUCAAUCUCAAAUUUGAUGGAUCAAAUUCGCGUGAAGAUCUGAAGUCCUUCAGCAAAGUCAGCCGGAUGUGCUAUAGCAUAGCUAUUCCCAUGUUAUAUGAAGACCUCACUGUCCUGUUCUGGGAUCCCAGGAGCCUUCGAGCUUCUUGCUCUUGGCUGGCAGAAGAUGGUCUAGGACGUGGGCGUCAGUUCAUGAAAUACGCUCGACGACUAUUCAUCGUCUGUAUCCCAGCGCCCAUUGAUGAUCUUAAAACUUCGCGAAAAGAGCUUCGGUGGAGAUGGGACAGCUGGAAGUUGAGGUAUCCUUAUUAUAACAAACACCCGGCAACGCGAGACACUUUUCUGGAGCGGGAUAUGACAGAUCCUACCCUGUUCUUGGACCUCGAAGUUCUUCCUGGCGCCGAUGCUACCAGUCUGGAUAUUUCCAGCGUGGGGUAUUGUGAAAGAGACUGGACGCAUCUUGCCUCCCUCAUCUCUCGUCUACACUGCGUCGAGCAGCUCGAAUUCCUUCCGCAGAACGAGUUCCCGGUUACUUUAAUGGAUUCCAUAUCCCAACAUCAUCCCAACUGCAAACUGAAUAUUUGGUGGCCGCAGUCGGUGGCGUUCAAUUUACCAGGUCUGAAGCCCGGGGUCGAGCACUUUGCAAGAUCUGUAACGGACUACUUCUACGGAGAAUACCAAUACCAACAAAAUUGCGAUAUGCUUCGUCUUCAGAAUCUACACACAUUAGCUAUUGAGCUACAGCAAAAUCCUGGUGUCGAGUGUGAAUACCUAGUGGAAUUGCUCCCCUUUCUCUUUCAGUCCCCAGGCCUGAAGCACCUCGUCAUACAAACCAGUUACGAAGUUCCAUUCGAUUGGGUAAAGUUACGCGAUGGGCUAAAGGCAUUCGAUACCCUGAAGCGAGAGUGGCAGAAAGUUGCUACUUCUGCUCCGCCCGUGCCGGUGUCUUCCCUGGAAUCAAUUUCAAUUCCAGGAGCUGGGCCAGGACUUCGACAAACCGGGCCAGGGGAGGAACUCCUACUCAAGAUAAUGGGCGUUGUGGAUCUGUCUCGACUUCGAUCCCUUCAGAUCAACAGCGUUCGUGAUUCAGCAAAACUUGCCCGUGUGGCCACCCUGCUCCCUAGCCUUGAACGACUUUUCAUAUCUGCCCAGCCGCUAGUCUGGGUGAGCGACUUCGAGAGCACCGAUAUACAUAGACAGGAUAUGGUCGACGCAAUUCGCGCUUUCCACCCUUUGGAAUAUCUCCAUCUUUCGGGUAUUUGCAGUGCUCCUUCCCUCAUGCAAAUCAUACAGCGUCAUGGCCCUUCGCUAAAGGGGCUCAUCAUUGCACCAAGCAUUCGGGCUGGCUAUAGUUCACUUGAUGUCGACGGUGGAUAUAAAUAUGACUAUCCACUCCUGAAUCUCUCCGAUAUCCACGAACUAGCUGAGUCAUGUCCCAACCUAGAAGAGCUGCGGCUUCAGGUACAAAGAACGAAGAACCGUGUAAAGGAAUGCGAAAUAUACAAGGCUUUAGGGAACCUCACAAACCUUCAUAGCCUCAUGCUAGAUCUUCACCUUGAUCCUCAGCCACGGCUCGACGAUGAGUACAAUCACUCUGUCCUCGUGGAAGCGUUGGUCAAUUCAGCCAUAGACAAGUAUCUAGCCCAUGAGAUUUGGGAUUUGGUCUGCUCCGAGCAAAUCUCUUGUCGUCUGAGCAACUUGCGUAUAAUACCUUUCGGGCACAUGUCGCAGAUCAAAAGCAUUUCUAGAUGGUUUUCACGAUCAUUCCUGGUGACACGUUACAACGCCAAUGACAUCGGGGUACCGAAUGUGGUGGAAAUUGGCAGGAGAGAAGCGGUAAUACGACGAACGUAUGCAAUCACUACCCAGGAUGACUAUCUUCCUCUUGACGUCAGAAACGCUCUUCUAGAUGUCUGGCCGGGCGGAAUGGAUAGUAAAUGGGUAAAUGGAUGGAAGAGCUAUCCUUUGGUGUCCAGCUAA